UUGAUGAGGGAAAAUCAAGAACAAAUUCGAGCCAGGCAGAAUCAAACAAAUAUUGAACUUGAACGAAUGAAAGUCCAAAUAACAGAGAUAGAAAGGAAACACGAUGUGAUAAAUGGUAAAGUAGACCAGUUAAAUGAAAAUGUUAACCAGGUUAAACAAGCACAAGCAGAAAUUAAAAGAGAUCAAGUGGCGUUCAAAGAUGAAAUGAGGCAACAGUUUCAGACAGUGACCGACUUGUUAAACCAGUUGUUACAAGGGCCCAACAGAAACAUUAGACCACAACCUCCGGAAAAUGGAAAUGGAGUACUUCCAGCAAUUGAUAAAACAGAGGUUAUCAUCAUGGUGGUUGGAACGCUCCAGGAAGAGACACAAUAUUAAAUACAGUAGAAAUCAUCAAUAUGACAGAAGGAAAAUCCGCUCAGCUGGCCUGUAUGAAUCACCCGAGGGUAGAGUCAGCAUCGUGUGUCUACAACAACGAUGUGAUCGUGACAGGUGGGUAUGAUGGUCGUGUUUGCAUUGAGAGUAUAGAGAUCUUAUCGAUGGACCAGCAGCCUUUGCAGUGGAGAUUGUUCGAUGGUAAACUCCCAGCCAGUUUGUCUAGUCAUUGUGUCGUAAUUUACAAAGAUAAACUGAUCACAAUUGGGGGAAUGAACUCUACUGAGAACAAAACAUCAAACGCAAUCCAUGAGACUUCUCUUUUUCCACCCUACACUUCAAAGCGGAUAUUUAAAAUGAACCAGGCAAGACGAAACCACAGCGCAGAACUUGUUGAUGAUUUACUGUUCGUUUUGGGAGGAACACACACAGGUUUGAGUGCAGAUUCCACUAACACUGUAAUGUCUUACGAUAUUGCUCAGAAAGAACGCAAGCGAUGCGAAUCGUUACCUUAUCGUGUUUCUGGGAUGUCCACAGUGACAUGGGGCAAUAAUAUCAUCGUAAUCGGCGGGGCGGAUAAGAAUGAUCGUGUUUUAAACAGCGUCAUAAUGUAUGAAACUGUGAGCGGAAAUAGUAAGUUUCUGCCGUCAAUGUUGUACAACAGAUACGGGAGCUCGGCUGUUAUUGUCGAUGGCAUCGUUUAUGUUAUGGGUGGAUGGAAUCAGGAGCUGGGAUAUCUCAGCUCGAUAGAAUGUCUGACAAUUGGAAAUACAUUUUGGGUAGAACUGCCUGGAAUGAGAGAAAGAAGAAGACUGGCAUCUGCUGUAGUGAAACCUUUAAACCAGUAUGUUUAGGCAGGUUUUAUACCAAACUACGAACACUUUUAAAAACGCAAACUAAUUUUUCCUUGGUUUAGCCUUCGCCCAGUUUUGGUAAAUCCGGUUCCAGGGGGGGAGAGAGUGUGCAGAGGGUGGACAUCACUGAUUCGUUGGAUAACGAUUAUUUCUUUAUGAACAUGAAUCCUUAUAAGUUAUGACUUUGCAUUAAAUGUGGUAUAACAACUGACUAAUAUAGCUGACAAAUACACUCCUAAUAUAGCUGACAAAAACACACACUCGACGUUUUGAGAGCCUUUGUCAGGAGAGUUUUCUGAAACGAUUGUUUGUUAAAUCAGAUAACACAUAUACAUCGGAACCUAAUAGAAAAUCUUUAUGUAUUUAACGCAUGUAUAUAUACCAAUACUACAAAAUUCAUUUAAAUAUACAA